UUUGGGUUUUUCCAUUAUCUCCUUGAUACAAUCGCUCAAUUUCCUUUUGAAACUUUGGGAAUAUCUUCUUUUUGGGAAACUCUCAACAUAAACCUAAUCCAACUCAAAACCAACCACAACCACCAAACAACAACAACCAUGUUCUCCACCACCACCACCAUCUCCACCGCCUUCUCCCUCCUCCUCACCCUCACCAACGCCCUCCCUCACCCCCUCCCCUUCGGCGACCCCACAAACCCCUCCAUCGAAUUCUACUACCCAGCCACCCUCUCCCUCUACAACUCCACCUCCGGCUCCAUCGCCUACGACAGCCCCACGGGAGCCCUUCAAUCCUCCCCCGGAUCCCCCCACACCAUCUCCACACUCAUCGAAUUCUACUUCAACAACCCCAACUCCGCCUCCAAGACGUGCGAAUUCAAGUUCGAGCUCGACGACCCAGACUACGUCAUCGCGCCGUCGUCGUCCCUCGAGUUCGACGUCUACACCUCCACCGGCGCGGCGUCCAAGAGCAGCGCCGGCUGGGGCGCCAACGACGGCGGCAAGGGGAACCAGAGGGGCAACUUCAUGGGACGCUUGCGGGCGACGCCGGGGGGGCAGGCGGAGACGGUCAUGGGGAGUAUGCUGUUUGAGUGCGGGGCGGCGGAGGCGGGCGUCGCGAAGGGAUGGGAGGUCGUGCCGGUUGUGACGGCUGGGACGGCAGGGAUGGAUGUGGUGUUCAGCAAGAGGGAUGGAGCUUGGAUUGAGUUUAACAAACCUCUCCACAAGCCCAUCCUGAAUCCUGUACUGCUCCUCCUUCUCAUCCGUCGCCCUAGCAAAGAACCCACACCUUCCCUCCUUACACACGAGGUGCGGGCCACGCGGCGCCACGGCAUGGCUCCGGCCGUUGAUCUGCAACCUGGCGAUGACGCCGCGGUCGUCGUCCGAGAAGCCGGGAAACUUGCCGCACGGGUGGCAUUUGAAGGAGUGGCGGGGUGGGAGCAGAUGUAG